UCAUAAAAACCCAUUUCCCCAUGUAGUUGCAACAUCGUAUCAAAAUGCCAGUGUCCUGACCGCAGUACGCAUCGAGUGGAUAGUGUUUAAUAAUUUUUCGCCUUGGCCUUUUUUCUUUACUUGGGAGUAAUAUCUUUGGAAUAUACAUGCAGUCGUCAAGCUCAACAGAGAAAUGCGCUGCUAGUCUGGAAAAGACUGCUAGAUGUUGAACUCUCUGUUUGCUGUAUGAGGGACACAACUGCACAGAUGGAGUCAAGGGUUCCCCACCACAUCCCUGGAGUGUCUUCCUUCAUUAUAUCCCAGCCGUUGCUGGACAGUAGUGUCCCCUAUGGAAGGCUACAGCACCCGCUCACCAUCUUCCCCAUCGACCAGAUGAAGUCCUCUCACAUGGAGAAUGACUAUAUUGACAGUCCGGCUGUGGUCUCCCAGCAACCCCCCAGCCAGAAGGUUGCCAAAAGGGGGCCCCACGAGCCACUGCUAGGGGCCCCCAAGCUGGCACGCUGCGACCCCAACGAUGCCACCACACAUCCCUGGAUCUCCUUCAGCGGGCGGCCCAGCUCCAUCAGCAGUAGCAGCAGCACCUCGUCAGACCAGAGGCUGCUGGACCACGCAGCCCCUACCCCCGUGGUGGACCACAGGUCCACAGUAGUCACCACCAGGACCCCCUGUUGCGAGCCCAAGGUGCUCACUUCCAAGCCUCUGGACCUAAAGGCUGCUGCCCAGGGGGCCAUGGUGGUGGACAAGAAGCACAUGCUGCUGUGUGAGACAUGUGGUAAGUGCCGCUGCACAGAGUGCACCCUGCCCCGGACCCUGCCUUCCUGCUGGGUGUGCAACCAGGAGUGCCUGUGUUCGGUGCAGAGCCUGGUGGACUCGGCCACCUGCAUGUGCCUGGUCAAGGGCAUUUUCUACCACUGCACCGAGGAUGAGGACGAUGAGGGCUCUUGCGCCGACCGUCCAUGCUCCUGCCAACAGUCUAACUGCUGCGCACGCUGGUCCUUCAUGACGGCCAUGUCCCUGGUGCUGCCCUGUAUGAUGUGCUACCUGCCCGCCAUGGGCUGUGUCAAACUGUCACAGAAGUGCUACGAUAAAACCAGCCGCCCGGGCUGCCGCUGCAAGAACUCCCAGCAGGCCUGUAAGAGUAUGGAUGCCAAGGCUGGAGGCCAGGAGAAACAGUCCUCAUGAUACUAACUGGCUGUUGCCUUAUCAAUACCCUUUGGAUAGACCAAUCCCCCCACCUGCUGGAGGACCUCCCAAAAACUAUGGUACUUACAGAAGGGUUCACACCUGUCCUUCUCAGUUCUAGUGAUGUUAUGCCACACAAGUUAAAAUAGGUCUGUCUGCUAGAUCUGUUGGCCUAGACAACUGCUUGCCUCAGAACUCAUCCUUAUAAGUGUAACAGACUGGUGGAUUUUGUUUUAUAAAAUGGCUGAAGGCACAAGUCAUACUCCCUCUAUACGGCUCUGAAUUUAUAGCUUCAUGAUAGCUAGCUACUCCAUGACAAAUUGGACACCAGUUGUUUUUCCCCUAACAUAAAGAUAUAUGUUUGAGAAAAUAAGCCUGUUCCAAAGCAGUUUCCCUCUAUUUUUUGCAAACUGUUGGUUUUCCUUUUUGGUAGUUUAGGAUACUUCAAGUGAAACUACCACCUACUCUCCCCUAUAUAUGAACAUUCUUUAGGUUUCAGUCCCACACAAGCUUUCCUGUUGCUAGCUUGAUGUUGAGCUUUUUAGGUCAAGGUGACAAAGUGAGAGGUAGUCAUGUGGCUUUGGAGCAAUAGUCUGUUUUUUAUAUUCUUGUUUGUGUGCUCGUACAAUAUGUAAGGUCAUACCACAAGUGAGUGAAAAACUGUGUUUAGGAUUGCCUGACUUGAUCACUUUCUAUUUCCUUGAGGGGAAACGUAAUAUCGAUUUUAACCUAGCUUUUACCAAUCACUUCAGAAAAAUUGCAUGUCAUGCGCUGCAUGAUGUAACUUAGUGCUUAACCCCAGUGCUAGAUGUGGAUGUGUUGUCGAAAAACCUCCUCAGGGAUUGUUCCUCAUCAGUAGAAUUUGGUCUAGCACGUCAAAACUGCUUGAAAGCCCAGUUGACUUCACUUUGCACAAGAGGCGAAGAACCGUUUAAAAAGGGCAAAGGGGCAAUGGUGAAUUAUUUAGGAAGAUUGAGAGGAAAUGGGUGGAAAAUAGCGUUUUCAGGAAGAGGGAGAGGUAGAGUGAAGUUGUAGCGUAUCUAGCCAGCCUUAGUUAAAUCCAAUCUGCCACUUGCACAACCUUUUUAGAUGAAGCAAACCUCUUAUGAUGGACUAAAGCACAGUAUUAAGUAUAAAGGCUUAAUGUAUUUUGCAUUACUCUGUGAACUACUUUGAGUCCACAUUGUAUACCCCACUACUCAAAAAAAAAGUAGUUUGUCUUAUGUUAGAAAUAUUCUUGAUCUUUAUUUUCUCAAUCUAUUUUUGUGUCUUGCAUGGAGUUCCAAUGACUUUGCCAAAAGGAGUUUAGUAUAGCUUGUUUAGCUGUCUAAGGGAUCAUAUGUGUUAUGCACUUGCCAAAUGGUCAGAAGGCAAUUGUUCUUAAAGGUACGGUGCCCUUUUUGCAGUUUGCUUCAGUUUGGCAUAUUUCUGUCAUGUUGGUUCUAAGGUCCCCUAAUAACAUUAGGACCUGUCACCUUCUCAUGUUUGUACUUGUCUUGUUGCACAAAGCAGAAAACAUACAGGAAAAAACACUGUUCUUAGUCUUGAAUGUAUAAGGCAAUAUUACUUUCAAAUGUUUGCAAUUCAAUCCAAGGAAAGGUGCCAAAAUUGGGAAUGAUUUUGUGGCUGGCAAAGCCAGGGAAAAAUUGCAAAUGUGUUGACAAUAUGUUAUAGAAAUAGACCUAUGCAGGUGACAUGCUGUUGUAAAUAGUUUCAAGACACAUGUUCUUUAGAAGAGUUUUAAAUGUCCUUGAAAAAUUGCAUGGUACAUUAUAACUAGAAUUCAGUACAAAAUAUAUAGAGAUAUGUAGAUAUAUAUUUUGGGGGUGAAGUUGAGGGGAAGAGGGUGGGGGGAAGACAUAUUUCUAUCAUAAGCACUUGACUUAGAAAAGUGUGCCCUGCAAUAAAAAUACCUCUGUUUAUGCUAUUCAUGCCUAAUUAGCAGGAGAGAGGCGAAGCUAAUUCCCAGUCCCUCAGUGCCCCUGAAACUGAAGGAAUACAAUUUCGGCCUAUCCGGAUCAACCCAUUUAGUCCUUUUUGUGCUCAGUGUCGCAACUUUUUUUCCCUUCCCAAGUUGUCCGACAAAUACCCUUGGCUUGAUUGAUAAAUACAGCUGCUGUGCAUAAAUUGUCAAAACCACCGGUAGGGAAAGAGAACUCUCUCAAGCUACAUUCCAUUCCAUCUUGUUUAAUAGUGGUUGUCUUUUGCUUUUCUGCUUUUUUUUAAAUGUCUGUCUCUCACUGUGGCUAGGGUAAAAUCCUUAGCUCCAAACUGCAUUAGCUUUAUGUUUAUGCCAUGUGUUUGCUGGCCUGUUAAGGUAUUGAAUGAUGACCAACCAUGACAACUCAAUGAUUAAACUUUUUUUCCCUGUUAGAAUGCUGUGACUUAAACUCCAUUUUGUGGUACACUGUGGCCACUAGAAUUUUCUUCAACUCAAUCAAAAGAACCUUUUAAACUGCUGGCUUCUGCUAUUCAAUUUCUGUGCGUUUGCCAUGUCAAUGUUGAUUGAAAAAGAGCUUUUGUUUUGUUAAAAUAUAACAAAAAGAAAAAUUCUCACAUAUAACAUUUUCCCUUUAUAGAUAUAUUUAUUUUGAAGUUCUAUUUUAUAUAGUAUUUAUUUAGAUGCCAACUUUUGUUCGAAGAAAGCUUAUGUCGAAACGGAAUGUACAUUGACAUUGGAAAUAUAUAUUGUUAAAUAUAAA